UGCUUCAGCUCAGCGUCUCUUGCUGAUGAGUCAGUCGUCUUUGCGCCUAUGCUGGACAUCUGUCGUAGAGAUGGUCAACGUGGCUGGUGGUCUACACGGUGGCUGUCAAGCAUAUUUGGUGGUACGUUGACAGCCCAUUGCCCGAGUCGAUCAUGGGUCCCCCUGUCUGAGUAACCACCCCCACCCUCCUUCCUCCUGAUCCGCUCAUGCUCGAAUCGGAACAGGAUCUGUGCACCUCGCUUGCCAUGGUGCCCUUUCGAUCUGUCGAGAGUUGGGACGUGACUGGCUUAUCGCUCAACCUCAGCCUCAACUUUCUCGGUGCCGCUCGAACGGGAAGUACUUUGCGCAUCAUCUCGCGCACCACAAAUGUUGGCCGAAAUGUCGCCAGCAUCGCAUGUCGAGUCGAGGUCAUACCUGUUGUUGGCGUUGCUUCCGCUUCGGCUACUAGUACUACUACUAGUACUACUACAACAAAUAAUCAACAAUACGCAAAAGUCGUGGCGACCGGAUCUCAUCUCAAAUUCAACGCUUUUGCGAAGAGCAGCGGGAGGCAAGAGGUAGAGGUCGCCCAGCAGGAGGAUCGAGAGGUGAGAGAUGCGUCGACAAGAGGUUUCAAGACUUUUCCGCGCGCGGCUUCGAGCGCUUUGUAAGAGUGUCAGCGAGGGGCGAAUGCAGCAAACAAGUGCAUCCCUCGUUCUUGAUUUCCACGGACA